AUGUACAACCACGUAAUGGCGCAUCUAAAACUGUUUAGUCUUUUGUACUUAUAUUUUUUGUCCAUGACGGGAGUAACUUCGCCUGUAGCUGAAUCGACUGACGAUGACUUAAUCGUAACAUUAUCUACAGGAAGUAAAGUUCGCGGGCAUGUUCUUCAGAGUUUUGAAGGAAAGGAUUUCCAAGCAUUUGAGGAUAUUCCAUAUGCAGAACCUCCGACUGGAAAGAAUAGAUUUCAGCCUCCUAUUCCAAAAACACCAUGGGAAGGAGUAUUGAAUGCAACUGUUAGCUCUAAAGUAUGCCCACAAUUUGGUGUUGAUGAAGCUGUAGAGGAUUGUCUAGUUUUAAAUGUAUAUAGACCAGUGAACGCUGCUGAUCAAGAGCUAUUACCCGUAUUUUUCUGGAUUCACGGAGGAGGUUUUACUAGUGGAGCUGGUAGUUAUUACGAUCCUAAAUUAUUGAUUGAUUAUGAUAUUGUAAUUGUAACAAUUAACUAUAGGCUAGGAGCUUUAGGAUUUUUGACAACCCUCGAUGAUAAUAUUCCCGGAAACUUGGGUCUUAAGGAUCAACUUCUUGCUCUUCAGUGGGUACACGAGAAUAUUAAGGCCUUUGGAGGUGAUCCCAAACAAGUUACAGUGGGUGGUGAAAGUGCUGGAAGCAUGUCUUCCGGAUUUCUUUUGCUUAGCAGAUUGGCCCAUGGUUUAUAUAGUGGAAUCAUCCAACAAAGUGGCUCGCCAUUAAGUUCGGCUUUCUUUCCAUCAAAUAAUCGUGAUCAUGCGUUUGAGUUUGGAAAAAGAAUAAAUAGUUCCUUUACUUCUAGUAAAUCAAGUGAUUUAUUGAAACUGUUACAGGAGGCAUCAGUAUCAGAUAUACUGAUGCAGCAGGCAGCUACUCCAUGUAUUCCAGUUAUGGAAGAAGAAUUCAACGAUAAAGCUGUUGUUAGUGGACCAAUGCACAGUGCCAUUCUCAAUGGUGAAUUCAACUUUGUUCCUGUCUUUAUAGGAAUUAAUUCUGAGGAAGCUUUGUUGUUUGUUGAUCCUAGCAGUGAGGAUUUUAAAGAAAAAUGUAAAUAUUAUGACGAUAAUCCAAAGCAAAUUGUCUCUGCAUCUUUCAAUGUAGACGAAAAUAUUAGGGAAUAUGUUGCUAAAGCUUUAAAGAGUCUCUAUACUAAUUCAUCGUUUUUGGAAGACCCUCUUGCAUGUAUAAAAUUUAACAGCGACGAAGUUUUUGGACGAUCGACAGCACGUCAAGCAGAAGCUGCCUCCCGAUAUGUUCCUGUAUAUAUGUAUCAGUUAUCUUGGUAUAACAAAAGUAAUCCCCUUCCAGGUGUUGAACAUGCAGCCGAUUUAUAUUACAUGUGGAAUGUAACAUUCGACUCCACUACCCACAAUGAUGCUCUUCGCAAACCUAUACUUAAAUGGUGGACUAAUUUCAUUAAAUAUCAAAAUCCUACUCCCACGAAAGAUGAAGAUCUACAAAAUAUUAUUUGGCCAGAAGUUAAACCGGGGUCUGUGAAGUAUUUGAAUAUCGAUUCCACAUUUGAAGUGAAAGAAAACCCUCGACAAUAUUAUGAAAUUGAAUCAAUUCUCGAUCCUUUCAUAAAUGAGCCUCUUAUAACAUAUUAAAAUGAAUACAAUGUAAUUUAAUGAAUAUAAUCAAUGUAAUGAAUAAUACGUAAUUUAACAGAAAGAUAAAUAAAAAUAAACAAA